CUCAUUCUGUCUGUCUCUCUCUCUCUUAUUCUCUCUCUUUCUGUCUAUGUCUCUCUCUCUCUCUCUCUCUAGUCACCUCCCUCUCAGUUGGAUAGUAUGAGGGAUUGCCUCAGAUGCCAAAGCAGAACAUACACAGCCCUCCUGUUAGUCGUGCGUUUUGCUCCAUCCCUCCAUCUUCCAGUCUCUCUCUCUUGUUCUCCUUUUCUGUCUUCCUUUCUGGGUCUGGGUCUUCCUCUACGACCCUCUGCCACACAGCAGCAUCCUUGCCAGAGCUUCCCCCUGCCUGAGCACAACCCAGAGCAAGGAACAAGUUCUUCUGAAGGGAGCAGCAACUCCACCAGCCAGGAUGCAGCGCUUCAGGGAGAGCAUCCACAUACGCACCAUGAAGGCCAAGAGGAAAGUGGAGGAGAUAUCCAAGGAGGAUGUCCAGGCCUUCCUGAAGAAGCACGCCUUUGUCCUUUUCACUGUGGCCGCGGUCAUAAUAGGCAUAAUACUGGGCUUUGCGCUGCGUCCGUAUAAGAUGUCGUACCGAGAGGUGAAGUACUUCUCCUUCCCCGGGGAGCUGCUGAUGAGGAUGCUGCAGAUGCUGGUGCUGCCCCUGCUGGUCUCCAGCCUCAUUACAGGAAUGGCCGCCUUGGACAGCAAGGCCUCGGGAAAGAUGGGCAUGAGAGCAGUCAUGUACUACAUGACCACCACCGUCAUCGCAGUCUUCGUGGGCAUCCUGGUCGUCCUCAUCAUCCACCCGGGUAAAGGAUCCAAGGCCGAGUUUGGGAAACAGCAGAAGAUCGAGCAAGUCAGCCCCAUCGAUGCCUUCCUGGAUCUCAUCAGAAACAUGUUUCCGCCAAACUUGGUCCAAGCCUGCACACAGCAGUUCAAAACCAAAUACGGGAAGCGCAUCGUCACGGUAACGAUGACGGUCAACGACAGCGUCUUCAACCUGACCAACGGCACGCAGGAGCUGAAGCGGGAGGAGGUGAUCCCCGUGCCGGGGUCUGUGAGCGGGGUCAACGCCCUGGGCCUGGUGGUGUUCUCCAUGGGGUUCGGCCUCAUCAUCGGGAGCAUGAAGGAGCAGGGCCAGGUGCUCAGAGACUUCUUCGACAGCCUCAACGAAGCCAUCAUGAAGCUGGUGGCCCUGAUCAUGUGGUAUGCCCCUGUGGGCAUCUUGUUCCUGAUAUCUGGGAAGAUCGUGGAGAUGGACGACAUCACCCAGAUGGGCGGCCAGCUGGCCAUGUACACCAUCACGGUGAUCAUCGGCCUGCUGAUCCAUGGCGUACUCAUCCUGCCCCUCCUGUACUUUGCCAUCACGCGGCUCAACCCCUUCCUCUUCAUCGCCGGCCUGCUGCAGGCCCUCAUCACCGCCCUGGGGACCUCCUCCAGCUCCGCGACUCUGCCCGUUACGUUCAAAUGCCUGGAGGAGAACAACAAGGUGGACAAGCGCGUGACACGGUUCGUGCUGCCGGUAGGCGCCACCAUCAACAUGGACGGGACGGCGCUGUACGAGGCACUGGCGGCCAUCUUUAUCGCCCAGGUCAACGACGUGGAAAUGAACUUCGGUCAGAUCCUCACAAUAAGCAUCACAGCCACGGCCGCUAGCAUCGGGGCUGCUGGGAUCCCUCAGGCUGGUCUGGUCACCAUGGUGAUCGUGCUGACCUCCGUCGGACUUCCCACCGAUGACAUCACCCUCAUCAUUGCUGUCGAUUGGUUCCUUGACCGCCUACGCACAACCACUAACGUGCUGGGGGACUCCAUCGGUGCCGGCAUCGUGGAAUUUCUGUCCAGACACGAACUGCAGAGCAAAGAUGUGGAGAUGGGCAACGCCGUGCUGGAGGAGAAGGAGAGGAAGAAACCGUAUCGGCUCAUCUCUCAGGAAAACGACUACGAUAAUGAAAAACAUCGUCACGGUGACACCAUGAUGUAGGCCUCUCCUCGGUUCCAGAACUUUUCAGAUUGUAAUCAACACAGCGUUGUGUGUCUUAGUAAUAACCUGCUGGUGUUUCCGUUGUUGCUUAUUGUGGUUAUUUUGUAAUGAUAAAUGUUAGGGUUUCUUUUGUUGUGUUCAUGGUGGUUUUCCAUGUAGUCACUGCAUUAUUAUUCAUGCAAGCAAGUCGUUUCAUAACAUCGAAAUUCUCGUCAACUUAGAUUUUUAUGUGUUGUCAUAUUAAAGUGACUUAUCCAAGAUAUGAACACUCAUCAAUACAGAACAAACAUAGGCCUUUUCCCAUUGUACAGGUUUGUGUUAUUUGAAAGGUUUCUCGCCAUGUAUGUGUGUGUGUUUGUGUGAGUGUGUUAAUUAAGCCACACUUAAUAAUAUGCUGGCUAUUCUGAAGGAAAGAAAGUUAAGACUACGUAAUACCCUUAUAAUAUAUUUAGGUAAAUCUUGAGGAGGUUGAUAGUUAUUAAAUUUUUUUAAGGGAAAAUUGGGUAAAAUAUCACUGUUCUGCAAACUUUAAUAUGAAUAAAACGUUGCUAUUUUUAUUAACAUGGACAAAUGAUGAAGAACGAUUUAUCAUAUUAUAUUCACCAUUACUAUCAAACAAUUCUACCAUUAACCCCUCAACGAAGUUGCCCACAAUAUCAGAAAUAUAAUUAAUGAGCAACCAGCUUACAACAUAAGUGUACUUUAUAAAUGAGUAGACUUUGUGAACAGAUUUAAUGUAGAUAUUGUGUGAAUUAGUUGUAGAUUAAUAAAUGACUUGAAUGUCUUCUUUAAUAUCCAUGUCGGGAGAUUAGAUAUUAAUUUACAGGGCUGUUGUAUAUUGUGUCUUACCCCUUCUCUUUUCACAUUUUGGUUAAGUUUCUGUAAAUCCAGUUUCUGUCAAACUUGUCGUUCAAAAAAUUAUG